AUGAUCAAAUACACAGCCAGGCAAACAGCAUACAGACUAAGAUGUCAGGGUGAGUGGAAGGAAACCAGGACUGGACAUACAAGACUGGGACUCUCUGAUAAACACCCUUUUAAUCUAAAACAAGAUAGGAUCCCCAGAAAACACCAGUUGGUAAAGACUUUCGAAGUUCAAAUACCGACUAGGGAGGACUGGAGCAAGCAUGACAACAAAACCAAUCCAGACGUAGACACUUGGUUUACGGAUGGAUCGGGAGCAAACGGUCGAUAUGGGGCAGGUAUAUUUGGGCCCAAUAUUAACCAAGAGGUAAGCAUACCAAUGGGUGAGCUGGCCACAGUGUUUCAGGCUGAAGUGCUGGCCAUCCAAAAAUGUGCGGAACUCCUGCUAAAGGAGGGAAGUAGAAAACAGAUGCAUAUUUGCUCGGAUAGCAGAGCAGCUAUUGAGACACUUGCAAGUACCUCCACAGAAUCAUCUGUAGUAUGGGACUGUAUGCAAGCACUCACAACACUAGGGGUAACAAACAAGGUAACCCUAGUAUGGGUCUCUGGACAUCAAGGUAUACCUGGAAAUGAGAGAGCGGACGAGCUGGCAAAACAGGGCACCGAAAAGGUCCCGGCUGAACGGAUCGUUGGUGUCCCAUUUUCAGCAAGAACAAAAAAUAUUAAAGAGUUUCUUGAACGGGAGCACUCGAACUCCUGGAAAGGGAUAGAGGGCUGCAGACGAGCCAAACAACUCAUGAAACUUUCAAAACCAGCAAGAACCAAGGAACUGCUGGCGAUGGGAAAAGAGAAACUGAGGAGAGGCAUAGGCCUCUUGACAGGACAUAUGCCCCUCAGAGCACAUCUAUUCAACCUAGGGCUAGCGGAGCAGAAAGAGUGCCGGCUAUGUGGAGAAGAAGGCGAGGGCAACCUGCACUUAUUGUGCCGUUGUCCUGCACUCGCCUGUAAAAGAUAUAAAUCCUGA